GUCUUGACUGUUUCGUACGACAGGUAAAAUAAAAGCUCACAGAUAUGUGUGUGCCAGUAGUUUGAGCAAGAACUGGUUCGUAAUGCAGAGUUUGCGACUACGUUUACCUUUGAGAGUGAAGUUUGUUUAUAACUGAAGCGUCCCAGGUAAUAGGAUCGUUUCGCUUUUUGUAAAAUUGGAUAUAGUGAAUUUUGCAUCUGUUCUUCAAAUAUAUACUUUCCUACUGUUUCUGAUAAAGGCUGUCACACUGAUGUUAGUCAUCUCGUAACAUCAGCUAGUGAUAGUUCAUCCCAAAAUAAAAAUCCUCUAAUUUAGACACCCUCAUGUCAUCUCAGAUGUGUAUGACUUUCUUCUGCUGAACACAAACAAAGAUAUUUAGAAGAAUAUUUCAGCUCUGUAGGUCCAUACAGUGAAAGUUAAAGGUGGCCAGAACUUCGAAGGUCCAAAAAUCACAUAAAGGCAACAUAAAAGUGAUCCAUAAGAUUCCAAUCCAUGUCUUCAGAAGCUAUAUGAUAAGUGUGGGUGAGAAACAGAUCAAUAUUUAAGUCCUAUAAAUCUCAACUUUCAACUUCACUUUCAAAUUCUUCUUCUUUUGUUUCUUGGCAUUUCACAUUCUUUGUGCAUAUCUCCAGAUACUGGGCAGGGAGGAGAAUUUAUAGUUAAAAUGGACUGAAAUAUUGAUCUUUAAGUUUCUCAACCACACUUAUCAUAUCGCUUCUGAAGACAUGGAUUAAACCACUGGAGUCGUAUUGAUUACUUUUACGCUGCCUUUAUAUGAUUUUUGGAGUUUAAAAAUGUUGGUACCCAUUCACUUUGUUUGGACCUACAGAGCUGAAAUAUUCUUCUAAAAAAAUGUUUUGUGUGUUCAUUAGAUGAAAGAAAGUCAUACAGAUCUGGGAUGGCAUGAGGGUGAGUAAAUGAUGAGAGAAUUUUCAUUUUUGGGUGAACUAUUCCUCUAAUCCGACUGCAUAAAAUUUCCAGUAACCAUGGCUUAAGAAUAUUGGUGCACUUCAUGUAUUCAAAUGAAGUGUCUCUGCUGACACAGAGCCAAUGGAUCAAUUUAGGGUAAGAUAUCUAGCUAAUUUCCUGCAUCCUAAAUAUUUGUAGUUCAUAAGUGAUGUAAAAAUCAUGUUGUCAAAUGUUUCCCUGUGUCUUAACCAUCUUGUAUAUAUUUCUCGCUCUCAUCACACUGUGUUUGUGUACUUCAUCGCUUCAGGGUGACAGCAGGUGCAUUAACGGUGUGCAGCAGCAAGGAAAGAUGUUGUCAGAUGCUCAGCUCUUUGACAGGGAGUUUGAGAGGCUGGUGUCUGAACUCACUGAGCAGGACUUCACUGAUCCAGUUCUCACUGAUGCCCUCAACAGACUCAGAGAGGUGCUUUGCUACAAUGCUCCUGGAGGCAAGAGAAACCGAGGGUUGUCUGUGAUUGGUUCACUACGGGAGCUGGUCUCUCCAUCUGAAGUGUCACCUGAUGAAGUUCACCAUGCUCUUGUGGUUGGAUGGUGUAUUGAACUGCUCCAGGCAUUUUUCUUGGUGGCUGAUGACAUCAUGGAUGCAUCUGUGACGCGGAGAGGUCAACCCUGUUGGUAUAAGAAGGAAGGUAUUGGUCUUGAUGCCAUUAAUGAUGCUUUUCUCCUGGAAGGGGCCAUCUACCGCCUUCUUCGCAGACAUUGCAGAGGACAGCACUAUUAUGUCCAUCUGCUGGAGCUUUUUACUGAGACCUCUUUCCAGACAGAGUUGGGGCAAGCUCUAGAUCUGUUGACGUCGCCUCCACUCAAAGUCGACCUUGACCGCUUCACCAUAGAGAGGUACAAAGCCAUUGUGAAAUACAAGACGGCAUUCUACUCCUUUUACCUUCCUGUGGCUGCAGCCAUGUACAUGGCAGGAAUUGAGAAUGAGACUGAACACAACAAUGCUAAAACAAUUUUGCUUGAGAUGGGAGAGUUCUUUCAAAUACAGGAUGACUACCUUGAUUGCUAUGGUGACCCUGCAGUGACUGGAAAGAUCGGCACAGAUAUCCAGGACAACAAAUGCAGCUGGCUGGUGGUGAUGGCUUUGAGGAUCAUGACCCCUGAGCAGAGGGCAGAACUAGAGGCAUGUUAUGGGCGUAGUGAUGCUGAAAGUGUUGAAAGGGUCAAGGCAUUGUAUGAUACUCUGGAAAUGCCAAUCCGAUACCACCAACAUGAGGAGAGGAGCUAUCAGUGCCUUCAAAAACUCAUCCAGCUUCAUGCUAAAAAUCUGCCCCAUGCUGUUUUUCUUAAUUUUGCCAAGAAAAUAUAUAAGAGGAACAAAUGAGGAGAGGUUCUGCAAAAUUGGGACACAGACUUGGUCAAAUAAAUGUGCUGUGAGGGAUUAUAGUGGUUGACUAAAUAUGGAAAUGGUAGGUUUUAUCUGCACUUUAAAUAUAUGCUCAAGAGUUGUACAGUAAAAAUAUGCCAUAAUUAUUUCAAUAAUAUUCUGGAAGUUUUUUUUUAAACCUGGAAAAGCAGUUAUACAUUUACAGACUAUACCAGGAUCAUAGACCUUUGUUUUAAACAAGAUUUCUUGGGCAUCACACACUGUCUGUCUCCCUGGUUCCUUUCUUGCUCAUUGUCCUCAUCACUUUUAAAUGUUACUGCUGGAUUAUAGAAAGACAGCAAUGUGCUUUUAAUAAAGAUUUUUGAUCAGCA